AUGUCGGCUACCAUGGAAAAGGAUCGCGUCUCGGCCGAGUCUGACGACCAGACCUACUCCAGCGAAGAGCAGCCCAAGAAGCAGCGCCGCACCAAGAAGAAGGGCACCAAGUCCCGCCGCAAGCAGCAGCAGCAGCAGUCGGGACCCCUGGACCAGCUCCCCGUCGGCGGAGACCUGGGCAACACGGUCGGCGGAGUGACAAACACUCUCGGCGGCGUCACUGGCGCUGUGAACCAACAGCAAGGCGGCGACGACGGCGGCAAGAGUGAUACUCUGCGGCUGAGGCUGGAUCUCAACCUCGACAUUGAGAUUCAGCUCAAGGCGAGGAUUCACGGAGACUUGGAACUAGCGCUACUAGGCUAA